GGAAUGAUGGGAUGGCUGUUUAUAAACCUGUCGGUUUUAGCAAAGAGUAUCCAAGAUGGUACCCUGAACCAGUCAAUGAUCCUUUACCAAAGCUUCUGUACAUUAUACAUCCUGGACUACUUUUUCUACGAAGAAUACAUGACAUCUACAUGGGACAUAAUUGCGGAGAGAUUGGGCUUUAUGCUGGUGUUUGGGGAUCUCGUUUGGAUUCCUUUUACCUUUAGCAUUCAGGGAUGGUGGCUGCUAAGAAACAACGUGGAGCUAACAACAGCAGCCGUCAUUGCUAAUUGCUUUGUGUUCCUG